AUGCGGUUUAACAAACCACGUCUCUACGUGUCUCUCUAUUUUCGAUCUGGACAGGCGCCUCCCGACAGCUACCAUUGGGCUCUCUUGGUCGGGCCCAAAAGCGACGAGGAUCCCUAUGAUGCUGUGCAGUACCACGUUAAGAACACAAUUAGACCGGGUGUAUCAGGGCAACCCUGGGUUUUCGAAGCGUCCAGACUCGGAGAAUCUGACACUCGAUAUCGUCUUUUGAUUCGCGUAUUGAUCGCCAAGAUAGCUGACCCUUCAAGUGUCGAUGCAAGCUUACGAGGCGUCCCCAUCAUUCAGGAAAGCCCAGACUGGAAUUGCAUAUCAUGGGUGAGAAGCGCGAUUGAGAGACUCAAUGCAGAUGGCGUGCUGUCGGAAUCGAAAGUCGUCGACUGGAGCAUUAUUGAUCGGCAAUGUAAGGACUAUGUCGCGAAGAAAAAGGAGGCCGGGCGAUGGAGGGCUGGUAAUAGUCCAGACUCUACACAUGAACUUGUGAAGAUACCAACCUGGGAUAUGCUCCAAGAGCGGGAGGUAGUCUCAUGA